UUCGCGUUCGCCUUCGUCGAAUCUUGACUCUCGUGAACGGUGAGACACACGGCGCGCGGUUGUUCGCUGAAAUCGUCGAUAUUCGCAAAUUGAGGAGAAUGUCGGGAAAGUCCAAGGCGUUCACCAAAGAGGAGGAGCUUCUGCUGCAGGACUUCUCAAGGAAUGUUUCGACAAAAUCCUCGGCACUGUUCUACGGGAAUGCAUUUAUCGUUUCGGCGAUACCCAUCUGGUUGUUUUGGAGAAUACACUUGAUUGACCUAUAUGCCAACUUAGUAUCUUUCGUAGGAAUUACAUUACUGAGCACAUAUGCUCUUGCAUUAGCAUAUAAAAAUACCAAAUUUAUCCUGAAACAUAAGAUUGCUGUAAAAAGAGAAGAUGCUGUAACAAAGGAAAUAAGCCGCAAGCUUGCAGAAGACAAGAAGAUGAGCAAGAAGGAGAAGGACGAAAGGAUUUUAUGGAAGAAAAAUGAGGUAGCGGAUUAUGAAGCGACAACAUUCUCUAUUUUCUACAACAACGCUCUUUUCUUGGCGCUCGUCAUUGUAUCUUCGUUUUACAUUCUAAAAACGUUCUCACCCGCAGUAAAUUACGUACUUUCCGUAGGAGCUACUAGCGCACUCUUAGCGUUAUUAUCGACGGGAUCUCAAUAAUAUACGUACAUCAUGAUAUGUCUUGUUAUCUAAUUUCAUAAGAAAUCUUCAGCGAGGAUUCAUUUUUUUCAUAUAAACAAUUAUAAAUUAUGAUAUACGGUAUAAAUUAUGAUAAUAAUAAACAUUUCUUCUUGUAAAAAAGUACACAGUUCAAUAAACCUAAUUGGCGCUUUGAAUGAAAUUA